AUGUCAUCCGAUCAAGAAUACGCCAACUUUCUGGAAAAGGCCAACCAGGACACUGGCAGCUCGAGCAAUGAAGUCAAAUCCAGCGGUUUUGCCCAGACAAAGGCUGUGGAUUCGGCUGUGCCUAAGUCGCUGAACAAUGUGGAUGCUUUCUAUCAGAGCGACACUGAUGAGCCUUUUGAGUCUGUGGCUCUCAAGUAUGGAAAGAAGGAUUCCAUCAGUCAAGCUGCAGACAAGUUUGCCGACCUGAUCAACCAUUCUGGCGAGGUGGAGGAGAUCAGCGUCAAGGACUGGAACGUCAAGAACCACUACGCCGAAGUCGUCGAGGCUGUUAAGGAAGCUGGCAGCGACAAGGCUGACGUUCAGGUGUUCCGUGUCGCUCAUGGCAGCACUCGCUGUGAGUACUACAUCGUCACUUUGAACGAUGAGGGUGUCAUUGUCGGUGUCAAGGCCAAGGCUGUCGAGAGCUAG